CAGACUUGAACACAAAGCACCUGUUGCUGCUCUCCAGCCUCAACACACACAGAACCUCUGGGACUCUGUUGGUCUAUCAGAGCGGGAAACAACUGCUGCCGAUUUUCCAACUCAGAACUUCAUCCACACUCCAUUCACAGAGGAUGAUGAUGGCUUCUUCCAUGUGCAAGAUACUGGCUGUAUUCACCAUCUGCAUGGCUCUGCAAGAGGGCUGUGGACUCCCCUUAUCAGCCCGGUCAGAGUUGGCAGCUCAGGCUCCACAUCGCGUCAGGACCAAACGCUGCUCCUGUAACAGCUGGGAUGAUAAAGAAUGCAUCUACUUCUGCCACCUAGAUAUUAUCUGGGUCAACACGCCAAGUAAACUCCUUCCUUAUGGUCUGGGAAGUCCCCCAUCUCGCCGCCGCCGGUCAGCCGACCGAUGUGAAUGCCUCAACUCAGCUGAUAAAAAAUGCCAUGGCUUCUGCCGUAAAAGCUCAGAGGACCCCAGGAUUGAUGUCAGGGGCCCUUUGGUUCAGCCUGCAAGAACAAACAGCAACAAACUGCUGGCAUCCCUCAGAUCUGCUCUUGAAAGCAACAUAGCAAUUGCAAAAGGCUCCCGGUCAUCAAAGAAGAAUCCUUCUGGAGUCACCAAGUUAAAAAGUAGAACACGCAGGUAGAGGACUGUUUGAAAACCCGACGCUGUUCAACCGUCAUGAAUUCAACCUCUAUGGACUCCUCUGGCUGUCUUCAGUUUUGACAUCAGGGUUUGAAAAUGUGUCAAGACUUCUAACAGCUCUGGGGUACAGAGGUGGAAACAUGGAAGGCAAAAGAGACCAUGGAUCAAUCAUCUGACCAACAAGGCAGAGCUUCGGAAGACUCAGAAGACUAAAGCCAAUGAUGAGCAAUGACGACUCUGAAUGUAGAGUCAUUUCUUGAACUCCCCAUGAACUUUCGGGCUGAGAAAUGAAGGACAUGGACUCUUACCUUGGGGUACCAUGAUCAAUUAGUUACCAGUAAUUUGGCAUCAAUGGACUAAGCCCCUGUGUGACUCAAAUGUAUGGACAGUUUUACAUCCACAGCUGACCUCUACAGAGGAUUACUGGAUUGUUCCAUAUUCCACAGUCACAUCAACUCUAUUUAUGAAGAGUUUAUCCAUAUUUAUUCAAUGUGUCUUAUGUCUUAAAACUACUCUGUCCUUGCUGACUUUUGGUUUGUUCAGAUAUUCCUCUGUAUCAGAGCUGGAAUCUGCUGUCCUGCCUAAUUUUUAGGCCAAAUUUGCUUUGUAAUUGUCAGGCAGUACUUGGAAAAUGGCAGCUUGUUCACUCUUGGCAGACGGUGCUGCAGGAAAGUGAAGGUCAUUUCUUUGGGAAUUAUUGAACAAACAAUUGGCUUUAUGCUGGGUCCACUGUAAGCUUCUCCACACACGCACGCACGCACGCACGCACGCACGCACGCACGCACGCACGCACGCACGCACACACACACACACACUCUGUUAGCAGAACAACAGUAGGUCUCUGGAUAAGUCACUGAGAUUCAACAAUAUGAAGCUUGACAAAAAAAAAAAAACUAAAAAAAUCCUAAAACCAUUGUUUUUCUCCUCUGACAUAUGUUCACUUGAUUCCUUGGUAAUUAUCCAAAUGGAAACUCAUGACUGGUAUGCUGCACUUCAAAAGCCAUUUAUCUGUUGCCUGCAUUUUGUUUCUGUGCAAUGAUGCCAUUUAAACCAUCUGCUCUGUCUAUCUCUGACUGAACUUCUGGACACAUGGAGACAUUAAUGCUCAUUGUGACUCUGAAAAUAUUCCUCCUCAAAUAUCUAAAUGCUGUAUCUGACAGAUAGUUUACCAGCUUUUAGUUUACUGUUGAUCAUAAAUGAUAGCGACAAUUGUAAAUAGAACUAUUUAUUUAUUCUGUAACUUAUUCAGAGAUGUAUUUAUAUUUCUAUGACUGAUCCGCUGAAUUUUGUAUAAGAAAAUAAAAAUACACAAAAACAA